AUUGCAAGGUAGUUGUCAGUAUGACAGCGACAUGAAUCAGCUUACAUUUUCAGAAACAUUCACAGUGUGAGAAAUAAUAAAAAGUUCGUCGAAAAUAAGCAUUGCGCUUGCAUUCGUGAGUUAGCUCAUACAUAUAGGAUUAUCAAAAAAUUUAAAUCUCAGCCGAAAUAAAAUUGAUAUUAAGUCACCAUGAGUCACGCCGUUACUAUUACUCGUACAACAACAACUACCACCAGCACAUCUGCAGUAAUAUUGAAUACUGGCUACCUUAAGACAGUGCCUGGACUCUUAAAAUUGUCCCAACUGAUUAUUGGAGGGUUUAUUACCUUCUUUUUCGCAUGGCAUUUCCGGUCAUACUAUCAAUACAUGACAUCUCAUCUUUUCUUCCUUUGCAUCGCAACAGCAUUUUUCAUAGGCACUUUUUGUCUUCUAGCUUCGUGCCUUGUAUCGUUAUCAACAGGUGGAAUAAUUUCGAAAACUAUUUACGAGUUGGUUUAUCAUGCAGUUGCAUUUAUAUUGUACUUGGCUGCAUCGGCAUGGCUAAUGUCGAAUACAAGAUACAAUGAUUUAUCUCAUCCACCGUUUCUUUGUGCUGUCCUUGGAUUGAUAUUGUCUAUUUUAUACUUGAUCAGUGCAGUUUAUGCACAACGCUCUUACCGUGGAAUUUAAAUUCUCAUCAUGCAUCAGCAUACUUAAGCAGAAAUCAUCUCAUGAUGAUCUGAAUAAUAAAAACUCGAGUAACUUACAAAAGCAGUCAAUUUUUAUUAUAUAACUUUAUCCAUAACAGAACGUGACUUAAUUCUUUCAUAUUUUGGUUACCAGCUUUUAAAGAAUUAUAUUUUUUAACCAAUUUAACAUCUUUUUUAUAAACAUUAUUUUUAUAUUAAUAAUUAACAAUAAAAUCUAAAAGAACAUAGAAAAUUAUGAACAACAAUGUAAAUCAAUGUUGAAAAAUAAAACUUUGUGUUUCACAGUUUAGUCG